GUUUAUGUCAAGCGAGUAACGUUAGCAGCAGACAGUACCUGUCACAUCUAAAAUCGUGGACCAAAAACGAGCGCUGUAGUGCCACCCCUGCCUGGGUGCCAUGCUCCUCUGUUACACAUGAGCUCUACUAUGUGGUACAUCAUGCAAAGUAUUCAGAGUAAAUACUCUUUGUCUGAGCGGUUGAUCCGAACCAUCGCAGCCAUUCGCUCUUUCCCACAUGACAAUGUAGAAGACCUCAUUCGAAAGAACAAGGAUUUCUUUUUAAAGGGAGCUGAUGUAAACCGCAUGCAUGGCACUCUAAAACCUCUGCACUGUGCCUGCAUGGUGGCGGACGCUGACUGUGUAGAGCUGCUCUUGGAGAAAGGAGCUGAGGUGAAUGCGUUGGAUGGGUACAACCGCACAGCUCUGCACUAUGCAGCAGAGAAGGAUGAGAGCUGUGUGGAGCUGCUGCUGGAGUAUGGGGCCCUGCCAAAUGCUCUGGAUGGGAACAAGGACACCCCUCUCCACUGGGCUGCCUUCAAAGACAACCCAGAGUGUGUGCGUGCUCUGCUGGAGAGUGGGGCCUGUCCUAACGCCCGUGACUACAACAACGACACGCCUCUGAGUUGGGCUGCCAUGAAGGGCAACCUGGAGAGUGUCAAAGUGCUGCUGGAGUACGGCGCUCAGGUGCAUGUGACCAACCUGAAGGGGCAAACUCCCAUCUCCAGGCUGGUGGCCCUAUUGGCCCGAGGCCUGGGCACUGAACAGGAGGAGGAGUGUCUGGAGCUGCUUUGCCGUGCAGCAGGGCGCUUCGAGAUCCGGCGCGCUGACGGGACCCUCCCCCGGGAGCUGAGUAAAGACCCUCAACUACUAGCUAGGCUGAGCAGCAUGGUAGCCCAGGCGCCCUCUCUACGGUCUCUGGCUCGAUGUGCUGUGCGCCAGAGCCUCGGGGUACAGUUCCUCCCUGCUGCAGUGAAAGAACUGCCUUUACCCGAGACUAUCAAAGACUAUCUACUGCUGAGAGACUGAUCACGCACAUUAGAAGAUCAUGAAAACAUGGUGCACACACUGCAUUUGCAAAAAUACUGACUCCUGGCUCUGGCUUUUGUUUGUUUGCCUUUCUUUAAAUGUAACAUUUAUACACGAUCAAAGGCUUGUUUUCAUAUUUUUACUACAUUACAUUAUUUUUACAUUACACAUCAUUUUGAAUUUAUUACAGUUAUUAGUGUAGCUCAGACUGUCUGAUUUUAGUACAAAUAUUGCAAUACUUGAUGCAAACAAAGCCUUGAGUGAAAUUGGCUGGCCAUUUACUUGCUGCUACUGGAAAAUAUUUACAUCUAUUUACAUGAAUUUACACAGCCUCAAGGAACAGAAUUAGCUUUGCAAUUAUUAUUGAACAUUUUUGGUUGUUUUACCACUUCAAUCAGGUUUUCAAUUCAGGGUGCGCAUUCAACCUCAUUAUUUUAUUUUAUUUUAUUAAGAGCUUUGUUCAUCCAGUUCAACACAAUGUAAAAACUGAAAAAAGGUUGUGAUUAUAUUAAAGGAUUUUAUUUUAUUUUAAGGUGCAGUUGCCAAGAACUGAGGUUAUGACAGAUUUUUAUGUAAAAAAAAAAAAUGUAAUUUUAUGUUUGGCUACAUUAACAGCAUGAAUUCUGUUGUGUCCCUAAAGAUGAUUAAAUAAGCUAGAAAAGUGUUUUGUUAUGUUUGUUAUGGCAUUGGUCUAAUACAGAACACUUUUAUGUAAUAGUUUGUGUAAAAUGGCCUUCUAGUUCAUGUCUUGUUAAAAAAAAUAAAUAAAAAAAAUAGUGCUUUAUGUUGUUAAUAAAAGUAAAC